CCAGCACCCCGAUGUCUUGGGCGCCGCGAGAUCACUGGAUAAAACAUGUCUUCCGCAAACAUGUCUUCGAUGCCUCAAGGGGACCAGAAAUCCAAGAAGAAGAAAAAGUCCAAGAAGAAGGGCAACGCGCAAGCCGCCGCGACAGACGCUCCCACGACACCCGUCGAUCCCAGCGACACACAGAAUGGACCAGACGAGGAGGAUGACGCAGAAAACGACGAGCAAGAAGCAGAACAUACAGCUGCCACUCCCGUCCAGGAGGAGUCACUGGACGAAACGCCGGGGAAAGUGACCGUUGCGAACGGGGUCCAAGAUCUGUCGAUUGACGAGACCAACGAUGCAGCUGCCCGCUUUGAUGCUCUUGUGAAAGACCGUGAUGCCCUGCGUCUCGAAGUCACCGAGCUGCGCAAGUCCCUGGAAGAACUACAGGCCAAGCAUGCCACGGAAAUCGAAGCGGCCCAGACAGAGCUGGCGGAGACCCAGGCCGAAAAGGAAAAUGCUGAAGAACAAUACCAAUCCUUGCUGGGGAAGGUGAAUACUAUACGAUCGCAGCUGGGGGAGAGAUUAAAAGCCGAUGCAGAAGAUCUAGCACAAGCACGGACACGCAUCGAGGAGCUCGAAGAACAAAGAUCUGACCUGCAAGAGCGCUACACCGCCCGCUCUGCGGAAGUUGAAGAACUCACCACGCGAAACGCCGACCUCUCGCAGAAACAAGCCGAACAAUCCAAAGAACUGUCCACUCUCCGCAACCGCCUGACGCUGUCCCAGCAAAACUGGCUCAAGGAGAAAGAAGAACUCGUCGAGUCUGAAGCCUACAUGCGAGACGAAUUCGAGAACGCCAAACAGGCGAUGCACGACUGGGAAGUUCUCGCCAUGGAAGAACGCACCAUGCGCAAGGACCUGGCAGACCGCAACGCCGAUUUGGAGGAGCAACUCGGCUCGCUAAAGGAAGCGUACGAGAGGGCCGUGAGCGAUAGGGACACCCAUUCCGCGGCGGUCGACGGCCUUCAAAAGGCCCUCCAGGAGAUCCAAACGGUGCGAAAACAGGAACUGAAAGAACUGGUCGAAACGUCCCAGAGCGAACAAGAAGCCCUGCGGAAGCAGUUGUCAGAUCUCCAGGUGGUCCACGACUCGACCGUCGCGGAACUGGAACAGGCCAAGAAAGACCUCGAGCGAGCCCUGCCGUUCGAGAGGGAGGUCAAAGAGAAGAACCUCCUGAUCGGCAAGCUGAGGCACGAAGCAGUGAUUCUGAACGACCAUCUUACUAAGGCGCUGAGGUUUCUCAAGAAGGGCAAACCCGAGGACAAUGUGGACAGACAGAUAGUGACGAACCAUUUCCUGCAUUUCCUGGCCCUGGACCGCUCGGACCCCAAGAAGUUCCAGAUCCUCCAGCUCAUCGCCGCCCUGCUGGGCUGGACCGACGAGCAGCGCGAACAGGCCGGCCUGGCCAGGCCCGGAACCACAGGCGUCACCGCCACGAGCACCUCGAGCUUCAAUUCCCUGCGCGGCUUGGGCUCCCUGUCCGCCGCGGCGGCGCCCGGUUCUCCCCUCAUGCACAGGACGCCGAGCACACCGGCCCUCAACCACCAUCCCGACUAUUUCGGCGGCGGCGGCGGCGGGCCCGAGAGCGCGACCAGUCCGCACUCAAGAGAGACCCUGGCGGAGCUGUGGCAGCAUUUCUUGGAGCAGGAGGCUGCCGUGGGGAGUGCGGUCAAGUCGUCCAGGCAGGGCAGUCAGAGUCAGGGUCAGAGCCAGAGUCAUCCAAGUACGACUCCAGGCACGGGUACCGGCGUACCGGCGCCACCCAGGUGAGGCGAAAUGAAACGACUCUGCGAAAGGGGCAGAAAGGAAGCAGACUACGAAAGUUGUCAAAACCAUCUUGAAAAGAAGGGCACGUGAAACCCGCGCGGAACAGCAUCACUUGAUGAAACCGAGGAAAUGAACACAGAAGCCCCCUGUAUAAUGUUUGUAACAUGCCAAAAUCAUACAUGCAGAGAACUGCCGCCAUAACGUCCCC